CUUGCUCAUGCAUUCUCCAUCGCCUAUAUAACGCCCACAAAGAUCGCAUCCAAGUAUGCAUUGCCUAUGUAAGCUCAGUGAUCGUCUCCAUCUCGAUACAUCGUAGAAAGCGUGUGUGCGUGCGUUCUUGGCUUGCGAGCUUGGAAGAAUCAGUAAUGGAUCAUGACGAGUCGAGCAAUGAGCAGCCUCCGAACGGCGGCUCCUCGCAGUACAGGGGCGUGAGGAAGCGGAAGUGGGGCAAGUGGGUGUCGGAGAUCCGGCAGCCGGGCACCAAGACCCGCAUCUGGCUCGGCAGCUUCGAGUCGGCGGAGAUGGCGGCGGUGGCGCACGACGUGGCGGCGCUGCGGCUGCGCGGCCGGGACGCGCAGCUCAACUUCCCGGGCUCGGUGGAGCGGCUUCCCCGCCCGGCCAGCUCGCACCCGGAGGACGUCCGCGCUGCGGCGGCGGAGGCGGCGGAGAUGGUGCGCUGCGAGCCGGCGCUGGUGGUGGAGGAGGCGCGGCGCGCGACGAGCCGACUCCGGGUGGAGGAGCUGGUGGCGGGCGGGAGGGGGAGCGACGAGGAGUUCGAGGUGGACUCGCCCAGGCUGUGGGCCGAGAUGGCGGAGGCCAUGCUGCUGGACCCGCCGGCGUGGGCCACGGCCGCCGGCGACAUGGACCAGGCUGCGAACUGCUGGUCGCACGGGUCCCUCUGGGACGCCUACUAGCUCGGCAUGCAAGGUCUCUUGAAAGCAAAAAACGAGACUACAUGAUCGGCAAAGCUGGCUGCUAUAGUAAUGUGAUAUUGUUGUUAAUUAGGGGUACGUGCCAUUGACCUCAUUAAUUACCUCACAACUCCUGUUUUGGAGAGGGGUAGUAGACUGAGUCCACGCACGACUUGAGCCGUUGGAGGCUCAGAAGAUCUUUUUUUCGAUAAAAGAUACUUUAUUAUUUAAAAUGUUUAAGCAUUA